GUCGGACAUAGUUCUCGGUCGCCUAAUCGCUAUUCCUCACUGUCACUCGCUUCCGCCUAUCCAUCUACUAGACAUGUCGCCCUUCACCGCCAUCGCUUUCUUCCUCGCCCUCUCCGCGACUGCCUUCGCUGCUCCCACCUCUGAGGGUACUGCUUCCGUCGCGAAGCGUUCCCGCAUCGGUCGUGGAACAUGGUUCGACGUUGGCCUUGGUGCCUGCGGCGAGACCAAUGUCAAUAGCGACAAGAUUAUCGCCAUCUCGGCCGACAUCUACGGUAAUGGCGGCUACUGUAACAAGGGUGUCACAAUCACCAACACCGCGAAUGGCAAGACCGCGACUGCCAUUGUCCGUGACGAAUGCCCGGGCUGCGGCGCUAACGACAUCGACAUGAGCCCUUCGCUCUUCCAAGAGCUCGGCUCUCUCGACACUGGCGUCCUCACCGUCUCGUGGGACUUCAACUAACUUGACGUUAGUUGAUCCUCCUCCUUUGCCGCCAACGCGUCGCGUCG